ACAGCGGCGGCUGUCACUUCACUGUUUUCUACGAGAUAUGAACUACGAUUUACCACCGCCGAUUGAUCUGAGGAGACUUCCAUGGUUCGUUCAGCAAUCCCUGGUGAACACGGGGUUCUGCGUAAUUGAACGUCCAGUAAUCGCUCACUUUAUGGAUCAUAUCCUGGAGCAAGUAGAUGCUAUGCCUGCUCCCACGUACCUGAUUGUUUUUCCUAAGCUAGCAUAUAUUGAGAAUGAGAUGUACAUCGGUCCGACCACAAGAGACUCUCUUUUCUGUGGUUAUCACGCCGUCACAAUCAUGGCUGUUGGAUAUCAGAACGGAUUGAGAUUUGCUAUUUGCAGGCAAAACAAUGGGCUGGCUGCGGAAGCUAGUGGAUACGUUAAAGUUUCACUCUCCGUGAUAAAGCGUGAUGAUGAGAAAGACGAGGAAGAAGAGAAAGAAGAUCGGAAAAGACCAAGACUACCAGAGAAGGCAGGGAAAGGUGAAGAAGUUAGGAAAAGGCAAAGAAUAGCAGGGAAAGGUUACUCACAAUCAAAUGUGGUGUUUGAGGCAGCUUGGGCGCUCACCAAUAUCGCUUCAGGGGCAUCUGAGGAGACUAAAGCCAUUACUGAUAGCGGUGCUAUUCCUUUAUUCGCCAAACUUCUCAGUUAUUCCAGUGAGGAAGUCCGGGAACAGGCUGUCUUGGCAUUGGGAUACGUCGCUGGUGACUCCUCAAAAUGCCUUGAACAUGUUUGCAAGGCCUUGAUGCCUCUUAUGGGCCAAUUCAAUGAGCACUCUAUGCUGAGGAAUGGUGCAUGGACAUUAUCAAAUUUCUGCAGAGGGAAGCCGCAACCAGCAUUUGAGCAGACAAAAGCAGUUGUACCUGAGUCUGCACAUCAUCCCUCGCCCUCGGUUCUGAUUCCAGCUCUCCUCCUUGAUAUUGGUAAUAUUGUUACCGGAGAUGAUAUGCAGACUCAGGCGCUGUCUGGUCUUUUGAAAAACACAUACAAGAAGAGCAUCAAGAAGGAAACUUGCUGGGCUAUCUCUAACAUUACAGUUGAAGAAGUGAUUCAAGCAGGCCUUACUCAGCUUCAGAUCGGUGAGUUCCAGAUAACUAAUGCAGCUUGUGGUGGCAAUCAUGACCAAAUCAAGUUUCCCAUGAGACAAGGCUGCAUUAAACCCACACGUGUCCUAAUCCAAGGAUCAUAGAGAGGUCAUGUUGAACCAAGGAGUACGGGAUAAAGAAAAAAACUAAACAUGUUGCUACAUCAUCGCUCCCUCUUAACUCAUGUUUUCUGUUCCCUUUAUUGCAUCAGUUAAAAUACUCAUGUUGGUACUUGAAUGUUUUUUCCAAUGUUUGUGCUUUUGUUUGUUACGUGAAACGCUACCGUUUGGUUUCAGAUUUCGUAUCGGAGUCACGUUUCUCAGUGAGAGUGUUAAACCUUUCCUUUGCUCUGACACGGUAAUUUCAACUGCUUUGGUUGCUCUUGCGCCUCAUAAUUGUCAAUAGUGUUAAAUGAUGGAAUAUAUCGUCUAUAGGAGU